UGUGUGUGUGUGUGUGUGCUCGAAAUGCUUCUACAUUAUUUAUGAGAUUCACACCAAGCUUUCCAUCUUUUACAGCAGGAGUCCUUGCUGACAGAUGGUGGUACACACUCACACAUACUUCAUUGAGUAUAGCACAUGCUUGUUAUCAGAUGUCCAAGUACAGCAGGUGCUGGAAACUUUUUGAAAUAGUUUUGACUAUUAUUAUUAUUGGUCUUAUUAUUAAUAGGGGUGCAAGCUUCUAGAAACCCAUGACAAACUGCUUGGAUUGUUGUUUUUUAUUCUGCUUCAAUUCUUUUGCUCAACCACUGUUGAGGCAAUAAAAACCAAUCAACCACCUGUUCGGCGACUUUUACAAUGCACUCUACAGACACAAGGCAUGUCUUCCUUGUAGCCAUUUUCAUUUCUCUUUAAAGUCAUUGGUUGACUUGCUGGAUUUCUUGUUGCAGCGCAUCGUCUUGUCAUGGCCUCUUUUUUGUCCUUCAGAUCAAUUUAGUUCACUCGGAACAGUCCUUGGAAUGUCUUUUGCAUCCUGAAUUUCUUGUCUUGGCUUCAUUUUUGAUUUUGGAGCUCGUUUGUUGAGCUCCUGAGUUUGUUGAUGCAGGCCGUCAUUUUGUUGGCUCAUGGCCCGUUUGUCGACCUUCAUCACAGUAAAGACGUCGCUCAACAGUUUCUCUUGAGCUGUUUGUUUUGCUCCUGAAUUUCUUGGUGCAGCAGCGCCUAAUUGUGCUGCUAUGUGGUGACAACAACCUCAACAAAAUGUGUUGUUAUUCAUUUUCAUGGUCUGUGUUUGCUAGAUCAUGUGUCUCUCUCUCCCUGUCCUUGAAUUGAAUGUACACCCGCCUAAAAAACUGAAUGACGCAGUGCAUUUCAGUAUGUCAGCUUUUUUCAUUCUCAUUGGAAAAACAAUUGGCUGAUGCACCUGUGCAGUGUUGGAUGCUAGGAAUUUCGAGGAUCAUUGUGGUUGCUGUUCAGGUUGGAAACAAACUGCACUGUAUUUAACUAUUCAUCUGUUUAAGAACCACGGCGUCUUCCUAACAGUCUUCCGUUCUCUCUCUUCCACAGGAUUGUGCUGGGUGUGGGCAGGCUUGCUUUUACAAGGAAAUGAUUCCGCAUGAAGUGCGACGCACUCGGCCCCCCGUCGUCCUCGGCGGCAGCAGCAGCAGGUGUGACGUCGACGUGACUCUCUCCGCUAUCGCACUGAGCUCACCCUCCAGCCACUAAAGACCUCUGGACCAAACAGACCGCCCUACCCUCCCCUCUCACCACCCCUCAAUAUCUUCAUCUCCAUCUUUAAUCCUUCCUCGCCCGCUUGUUACGGUCUGGAUUUUCUUUGUUAUCAAGAAAAGCCCCAAUAAUCGACGGCCUUGGGUGAACCGAGUAGAGAGGGAAAGAGAGACGAGAUUGGGGAAGAUAAUUUCGAGCUAAUUAAAGCGAGACAAGGGGAAAAAAGUGAAAAAAAGAGACCGGAAAGUGAAAUUAAAAGUCAGAGAGAACAAAAAAGAGAGAAAAAGCUAUAGAAGGCCAAAGGUUAAGGAACAAUAACGCAAGUGCAGUUUAGGGAAUUGAGGCUAAGUCAGCAUGAAGUCCCACCAGGAACGCAGUAAUGAAUGUCUGCCCCCAAAGAAGAGGGAGCUCCCCUCAAGCACAUUAUCAUCUGACAAUCGCUCACCUAGCAUCCCGCCUGCCAGUGACAGCCAGCGCACUGAGAACAUGGCCUGGCUGGCCAGUGUGGCCGGUGGGAAUGAGAGUGCCGUCGGCGGACACCGUAGCUCCAGUCACUCAGACGGCCUCCAGAAUAAAUCCCUCUUCUCCACGUCAGACUCUUCAUCCUCCUCUUCGUCACUGAGGCUAGUCUCGUCUCUUCCUGCAGUGUAUACGUCGCCCCUGUCACAGUCCACAGUUGGAGGAACUGUACACUACGCCCAACUGCCUCACAACCUGCAGUUUAUAGCCUCACCCUACACUGCCCCGUACGCUGGCUACAUCUCCCCUCAACUGCUCCCCCCUCCUCCCCCUCCUCCCCCCCUCUCCUCCUCCUCUUUGGCCACACAGAGACACUCGCACGCAGAGACCGUCUCUGCUCCGUCGCAUGCCUCCAAGCAUGACUACCAGAGAGCGUCCACGGGGCGUACCUCCAUGCCUCCGCCUUCGACAGACCACGCCCCUCACUAUGUUCAAAUGUCAACCUCAACACGGACUGUGCCGUCGCCUCAUUACCACGGAGGCAUUCACCUUCCUCCCCAGUCACUGCACCCCCACCACACUUUGGGACAUGGGAUGUCCCACCUUGUGGUGCAGUAUACGGACGGACCCACUAGGAAAGAGGACGGUGGCUCCAGAACCAGAGAGCUCCACAAUGGAGAGCUGGAAAGGGGUCGGCGGUAUGGAGCGUCCCCCGAGUCCGGCCUCUCUAAGCCAGGGGGCAAAUCCCGGGAUGCCAUUUCGUCUUUGUCCUCCUACGAGGCCCGCCAGCUGGUUCUGCAUUCAGACUACUCUACUCACGAUCCCUCAGGGCUGAGAACCUCUUUCAUGCUAAUGCCCAACAGCCACGGGGACCACCAGCUGUUGCCACCCAGACCCAGCCCCGAGAAGCUGACGACCUCUGCCUCCGCACACCUGGAGAAAGGUGGUAUCAUCCUGGGCAAGCCUGUCAAUCGCACACCCUCCUUCUCCAACACCACCUCCUCCUCUUUCACGUUUCCACCCCCGUUAAGUGUGGACAGCCUGAAAGCUGCUGUCAGCUGCUGUCAGCCCCAGACCGUCAUCCAGACCACCCACAGCGCUACAGAGUCACUGUCAAUGGGGCUCCCCUCCACCAUCUACCCUCAGCCGCCUAUCAUUGGCUACAUUGCAGGGGGCAGUGGGAGCCAGCAUACGCCAAUCAGCUACCACACCAGCCUACAGCAACACUUACUCAUUCCUGGCGCCCAACCGGUAAUUAUCCCCGUCAGUGGAGGUGGAGUCACCACAUUGGAACCGGUAACCUCCCACGUAACAUCAUCCACCCAAGCCGCACCGUUCCCUACCACACUCCCACAUACAUACAUCGCUGCCCACAAAGGAGAAACUCUAGAGCCGUCCAGUGCCUCGUAUCUCCAGGCCACUUCAGGUGCGGUGGUCCAAGCCCAUCUUCAUCUCCCCAUCAUUUCCGCUCUGCCGGGGAUGGUCGCUCCUUCUGCUCCUCCUCCCUCAUCCAGCACGGUGGUGCCCCCCUCCCUCCCCCCAUAUUUCAUCAAGGGCUCCAUCAUCCAGUUGGCCGAUGGGGAGCUGAAACGCGUGGAGGACCUGAAGACGGAGGACUUCAUCCAGAGUGCCGAGAUCAGCAACGAGCUGAAGAUCGACUCGUCCACAGUGGAGCGCAUUGAAGGCAGCCACACCUCACCCAACUUUGCUGUGGUUCAGUUCUCUGUUGGUGAGCACCGUGCACAGGUGAGUGUGGAAGUCCUGGUGGAGUAUCCCUUCUUUGUCUUCGGCCAAGGCUGGUCUUCAUGCUGCCCAGAUCGGACCACCCAGCUUCUGGAGCUGCCCUGCACCAAACUGUCUGUGGGCGACGUUUGUAUUUCACUCACCCUCAAGAACUUGAGGAACGGAUCUCUGAAGAAGACUCAGCCCCUGGAGCUAGCCACCCCUGCCUGCGUCCCAGCCUCCGGCCACGGGCACCUCAAACCCCCCAGAGCUGUCUCAGACGCUCACCAAAGCUGCGGCGGAGGAGGCUCCAGGCACAGCGAGCGGGAGAACGGCAUCAGCCAGCGAGGGAAGGGUGGGAACGGGAGUGGAGGGGGCACCAACGUGGUGAACGGGGAUCUCACGUUUGGGGAAAGAGGGUCCGUUUCGAAAGGUCAGGUUGCCAGCGGCGCAGAAGCUGGCGCCAGUAAGCCAUCAGGGCGCAGGAAGCGAAGAUGGUCCGCUCCGGAAGGGCGAAAAGUAGACAAAUCCGAGGGGGAGCCGCCCUUGACCCUGCCCAAACCUUCCUUCAUCCCUUACGAGGUGAAAGUCAGCAUCGAGGGAAGGUCAAAUAUUGGCAAGUGAAGGCUAGCAGGACUGUUAAAUAACCAUUGGGAUUUGGAAAAAAGACAUAAAAGGAUUCUACAAAAAAAAACAUGAAUGCCCACAUUAAUGUUUCAUUUGUCUUGGUUUAAAAGUUUUGUUUUCUGUUUUUAUUUUUCUAUCUUGAAUACUGUACUGUAGAGGCAAAUUGACCCUACAUGGUAUCACCUUACAUUAAGUCCAUAUAGUUAUUAAUGUAACAACAUUUGUUUUUUUUAGAGAUGGAUUUGAUAUCACACAAGCAACCAAUGCCGCUUUGGUGGUUUUCAUGAGAUGACUUAUGGUGAGGGAUUUGUGAGGCGUGCUAGAUGUUGAUGGAUGGCCGUGUGGCACACAGGAGCAAUGCUUGAUGGCUCUUCUUGGCUGGCUGUACAUUACACAUAAUGCAGAUUUCAAAUUGAAUAUGCUCACAGUUUGCCUCUUGUCAGCAGUUUACUCCCUGUGCGCUGCUAGUGAGGCUGCCGAAAGCACUUUUCCGCCACCUCUUUGCCGCGCGCGCCACUGGUUUUACACUUGGCCACAGGAGUGACAUAAUGCCAGAUGAUCCAGAGCAUGAAGGAUUUGUGUGGGGGGGGGGGGGGGGGGCAGUUGGAAGAACACCAUUCUCCAUGUCUUGAGUAUAAACAAACCGUGUCAUCAGAAUGUGUCGGACCUGACCAGUGAUGCCAUCAGGUUGUGCCAGUGUGCCACACAAAGAGAGAGGGAACAACAUUUACUCUGUUCAGUGUGACGAAGGUGGAGCCUUUACUUUCAUCUUGAGCAUUUUCGUUUUUGUUUUCAUAAACCCCUCGUCUUCUAUCUCACCAGAUAGUUCUUUUCAAAUGAUUGUCAAAAAAACCUUAAUCAGGGGUCAUUUAGUCCUAGAUUGAACCUAGGUGGGUCAACGUUAAUGUAUAAAUGUGAGAUACCCUAACCUAAUACAUACAAGUGCAAACACACUGGGUUGGCGAACUUCAAUUUAAGAAUGUGUUAAAGAGGAAGACUGCAUACAAUCCUCCUUGUCUUUUGAUGAAUUACUUUAUGUUUCUUUGUGGAGAAAGGCUGCGUGAGAGGAACCGAGAGAAUCUGCAUGUCAGCUCCGAGAGGGUCGGGACGUUUCAAAGCACUUAACAGACCUGUCGCACUCGCCAUACUGCCAACAAUUGUUUUGUUGUCUCUUUAUUUUAACGCAGUACUGUAUGUUUUUUUUAGAAAUAUUUUUUUUUAUUAAGACAAGGGUAGAAAGUAGCAACAGCACUUUGUAAAGGUGAAGCUUUUGGAAAAGUGAAGGGGUAGUUUGGUAACCGUGGGAGCGCAUGUGCCAUUGGAUCACAAAGAAAAGGUGCGAUUGUGACAAGUUUUGGAGAAAAUGAAUCCAGUCGGUAGGUUCGGUGAGUUAGGUUAAAGGAACAUUCUGGUGACGAAAGGAAUUAGAAAGAUGAUGGUUUUCAGCAUGUCAGCUGGUACAGUAUUUGGAAUGUGUUUUGAAAGUUUGGGAUCCGGCAAAAAGGAUCAACAAGGAAACAGGCUUUUGAAAUAUCCCAAUGAUGGUUCUGUGCUAGCCUAUGAGCAUCGAUUAGAAGCUCACGCCACAGAAUUUUGAAGGGUGUCAUAUAUUUGUAAUGUGUGUGCAUGAUGCUGGUCUGUCUGUCUCCACACACACACACACACACACACAUACACACACACUUACACAAACACAAAAGAGUACAAACCAUCCCUAAGACUCAAAGACCUAUAAUAUGUACUGUAUUCAGAUGAAUGCAGAUGCUUUGUGGUGCAUAUCGUCCCUACUGCAAAGACACUAGUUGACUGACAUUGGAUUAACACACACUGCUAACAGCACAGAGUGCUCUGUGGGGUGUGUGUGUGUGUGUGUGACAGAGUGUGAGUGUGUGUAUGAUUGUAUGUAUACUGUGUAUAGGAACAGGUUAUACUCAUUUGAUAUAUAGUCGAUGCUAAAUGUCCAGGGUUUCUACUUGGAGUCGUACUUAAUAGAAUCUUGCAAUUUGCACAUCGGGAGGAGGGAGAAGGGCGGAGACAUGAUUUUGAACCGCUCUGUCCUGAAACGAGCCCUAGACCACGCGGCGCACUGGAGGAGACCAGGGUUGUUGUUCCUCAACAGGCACUUGACACAUUGUAGAGGAAAAGUUUCUACAUCAACGCAGUUAAGGUCAAAUUUGAGUUUUUACGAACAUAACCGUAGCUGUAAAACUGCAUUUUAACACGUGCCUGCCUACUGAAUUUAAGAGAAAUGGGAAGGAAGAUUUGAUUUUUUUGUUUUUUUGGUCCAGCUGAAACCCUAUUUUACUAAGUUACCUCAACAGAUACGCCUGCUUGGUUGGCCCGGCAUGUAGAGCUUCGUCAGAAGUUGAACACCCUCACGGACUCUUUCUUGCGUGUGAAAGCUCAGGUUCUGUUCUUUUUCUGAGCUUGGUUUUUGAAGUGUAAUGUGAGGUGUGAACCAUCUGAUGAUCUGCAUAUAAAAUGGUUUCGUCUUUAUUUCUCCUCUGAUAUCAGUGUAACUGAACUACGGGGGAUGCUUUCUUUUUCAAUUUUGAAAUAUAAAUAAAAUUUGCAGUUUUUAAAUCCACCCGUGAUGGCAGAUAAACAUGGUCUGGGAUUUAAUAUGUUCUGGUCGUAUUGGUGCCGUUCAACGUAAAUGUUUCUCUUCAUGCUGCACUUAACAACAUAGUAUGAUUCGCACAGUAGUUCGAUCGACAUGUGCAGGUUGCUGGCCCGAUAGUGUUGUUAAGGAGCUGGAGACGACGUGGCUUCCUGCAGGCGUAUCUGUUGAGCUCUCUACUCAGCCUCUGUAUUUAGGUGUCGUUAUACUGCAAGAGAGGGUUUUUAUUUGCCUCUUAAGAAGUGGAUCAGUCGUAUUCUCAUCCCACUGAAAGUAUAGGUUUAGCUGUGCAGGGCAACGCUUCAAGUGGUGGGAGUUAACCAGGGUGAUGGCAGGAUGGAUGUGAUGGUGAGUAAAAGGGUAGAGCCCCAUAUGAGAUUUGAAAAUGCUUUAUUUUUUUAUAAUAAACAGGGUUUCUCAGAUCAACACCGCAGUAGUACAAAUUAAUUUCUUCUUUUUCCUACUGAAACAUCAUGAUUAUUACUAGUAGAAAUAGUAGCAUGUGUGUGUGUGUGCGUGUGCAUGUUUUGCAAUCUGUGUGUGGCUGUGUGUUUUGUAAAUUGUAUAUACAUGUCAUACGCACGUACAUACAUGUUUUUUUUUGUCCAACCCCCUUCCCAACAAAGCAGAACCAACAACAUCUCAACAAACCUGUCAGCCACUAUCAAAACCUUUACUGUCAGGUUAGACACAUUUUUUAGCCAAAGCCAAGUGAUGCUGAUGUUUACUUUGGUUACUUUAGAAAGCAAUAGUACAACAAUAUUCAGGCACUCUCUUUGUGUAUGAGUGGACACACACAUACACAGUCAUUCCACUCAAAUUCUCUGCAAUAAAAAAAAUCAUAAUAAUCGUCUCUUAUUGCAAAACCAAAACAACUCCUCCUUUCCUCCCUGAGAGAAUAUACAAUCUUGCCAUAUACUGGAAAAUGCACAUAGAGGCUAAUAUACCUGAACACAACUCGCUUCAAUUAGCACUAUUCCCCUCAUCAUGAAGUACAUUUUUAAAUCUUUAGAAGUUGCAGUUGCAGCACCAGUUGCUAGUUUUUCAGGGAAGUGUCUCAUAUAUGCAGUAUCCGACCCCCAAAACCUCCGACGUCCCCGGCUGGUUGGAGUCAUAAACUCUGUCGUCACGCUACAGGUCAGCAUAUGGUCACGUGCGCCUGAAAGUAACCAGCAGACAUUUUUGACUCCGCCAACGUCUGCGUCAUUGCCACGACUCCCGUAGUGACCUCGUUAACUUUGUUUCAGGUACCCAAUCACAGCCAGCCAGCCUCGCACCUCCUCCUUGAGGCAAAGCAAUCAAUCAACCCUCAACAACCGAUAGCUACCUUUCAGUGUGGCCUGGGCUGCCCGCUCCCCUCCUGACAUCAUCUUUUGAUAUUUGGUCUCUUCUUUUCACUACGAUCUUAUAAAGAUCAUUGUGUUGAUACGUCAUAGGAAAUGCAUACUUAGUAAUAGACUAUGAAACAAAUGCAGACCCGCUCUGCAUGCGGUGGAGGGAACGGCGCAUCGCAGCAAGGUAUCAACAUUUUUUUGAGGGUUUUGUUGUAGUUUUGAUUUUGUUCAAAUAAUCCCAAAUUUAAUCUUUCCAUCCCCUUGAAAUGUAC